ACAACAAUCCUUCAGUACUCGCGUGCCGCCAGAAAGGAAAGCUUAAGUCAAAAUGAAAAUCCUCCUUGCUGCCUGCAUCCUUGGGAUGGCUGUCUGUGCCCCCCAGCAGAUGUUCAUGGAGUUCGACAUUGAUCAUGCUCCAGCUCAGGCAGCCCAGGCUAUCCCUGCUGGAGCCCCAGUUGAAACUCUGGAAGUUCUGCUCCCGGUCGACGCCCAGAGCCAGCCUGUUGGAGGACAUGUCCAUGGUUUCAUCAAGCAAGAGAUCCUCAUGCCGAACGGCAGAGAGACCAAGGAGAUGUUCUACCCGUUCGGUUUUGACGUGCCACCAGUUCCUGCUGCUGCCGACCCUGCCGCCCCUGCUGCUCCUGCCGACCCUGCCGCCCCUGCUGCUCCUGCCGACCCUGCUGCUCCUGCUGACCCUGCUGCCCCUGCUGACCCUGCUGCCCCCGCCGAUUCUAUCAUUGCUGCCGAUGCUGCUGGUGCCAAACCCAGCGGUGAUGAUGACGAUGACGAUGACUAAAAAACAGGGUCAGCAGAAUGUGCAGGUGUGUGCACACACAGGUGACCAGUGCUCUAACACCUGCAGCUCACCCCAGUGAUAGAUGAGCAGCCAACACGGCUGUUUGAAAAAAUGUUUGAAAAAUAUGGCUUUGAAAAGAAAAUGGUGCUGUGCAUUUAAAGGGGGAACUGGUGCUCUGCUGUUUUAGCAAAAGAUGGUGCUGUGCUUUCCUGGAAGAAAAAAGGCGAAUAUGUGCUAUGAGUCUCAUAAUAAAAAAAAAUGUUCCC